GUCCAGCUCGCAUCGACUCGUCUCGAAAACAAGUCUGCUCGCUGAUUUCGAUACCCUCCCGAACCCUUUCCAAUAAAAGCCUGCCAACGGCUCUGUCGGGCGGGGCCUUCAACUAAAUUACUCCCGCGAGUCGUCGAGUAGCCAAGCCGCGCCCGCAUCCGUGCGGGGCUGCUACAUAACCCUCCGGGCAGUUGCUGUCGUAGACCCACCAGCGAGCCGACAAAUGAAAACAACACUUGAUCCCGUUGUAUUCCAUUACGGGUGUUGAGGAAUCCACUAAAUCGUCCCACUUGGUACCUCUGUAGCGGGCUCUUACGCUGUCAUCCUGAAAGCCAGAAGUUAAAGCCCGCGAGGCACAGACCCUCGAUGCUGCCUCGGAACCGAAGUUCCUGAGUGCCGGGAAGUAGCGCAGGUUGUCAUUCUCCCUAAAGUCGGUUUCUUUUCGUCUUGAAGAUGGUGGGAUUAGCACGGCUGUGAGAAAACGUUGCAUGGUCUCGUUCGUCUCCUAGGCGUUGUUCACCAUGAGCAGCCCGGGGCAAACAUCCUUGGCGUACGCCGAGACAGCGGGCUUAAGGUCUGGUAAGAGUACCCAUUCUUCGCCUAGUGAAAAGGAACUCGCGCUACAUAUAGAAUUGGAACAGACUGUCAUUCCAACUCAAGCUCUGCAGACACGUCAAUACGCUACUAUCUCCCCCCAGUUGUCCGACCUAAAGACCGUAGUUCAAGACUCACCGGCGACAGGGGGGUCUCGACGAAGCCGUCGUCGUUUGACAAAAUCUACAUUGUCUGGUCGUCAGGAUACGCGACGACAAAGCCGUACGGAGCUUAGACUUCUGUACGUGUUUCUGACUGUUACCCUCGGGAUCUAUCUUACCAAAUAUCUUUCUCGAUGUGUCUUGCCGCCCCGGCCUGCUGGCCUGAGUUCAAACACAACCCUUCCUGGCCUGCAGCACCGGAAAGCUGGCUCCCCGCUUUCAGACUCACUGUCUUCUUCAUCAGGCAGGGUUCGUCGUCUGGCGGCGUCAGAGGGAAGCGGCGGCAGUGGUGAAUAUCCGGGAGAUACGGGAUCCCGGACAGGGAACAAGCACCCGUUUUGUCAGCCACCACGGCCGACUCAGGCCGCCUCUCCACCACCUGAACAUGCCCUAGACGGUUUGGCCCCGAAAACGUCAGGCGGCCAGGCUUCAGAAAGUUCUUCAGGUGCUUCAUCUCUUGGGUCGUCGUUGAGCAGCGACAUUCAUACGCAGUCGUCUAGAUCGGAUAAUGACCCCGAUGCUGUCGCGAUUCGCAAUAUAGCUAGCCUUGUCCUGGCAGCGGCCGCUGAAGCGUCCGACGCGUUGCCCAAGCUCAAGAGCGGCGGCGACGGAGUGAGAGACGCUCUACAACGUCUGAUGGAAAUAUACGGUCACCUAGUGAACCAGGCCGAUGCUGCUGAAAAGCGAAAUGCAGAUGGCCGCGCAGAUGAGGGCUCUACGAUAGUGAAAUGCGAUUUUAGGAGGGGUACCGGGGCAGGACAACAUCCCCCAAUUUCAGAAAACAUGCGACCCCCUCAGCCUCGGGAAGCCAGUGGAGGGGACGGCGCCCUGACGCCUGGCGACUCGUGGCAGGCACAGAACCGUAGACUGAACAGACCUGGCCUUUCUGGACUUUAUUCGAGGUAUAGACAAGGUUUUUCGUUGGGAACAAUUAUGGAGACAGGUAGUUUGGAGGAACAGAGAGGAGAGGGCGACAUCGAAUUACUGACGAAGAGUGCGCAGUCACUUUUCGCGAUGGGCAGGAGUGGUGAAAGUGACAGAGACAUGAACUCCCCUCUGGCAGAGGCGAUGUCAAUCGUCGGUUUAGGCGAACUGGGAAGUGGCUGGAAUCCAUUUUCGUCGGCACGAAGCACAAGCGAGGCAUGGCGCCAGAUCUUUUCGGGUCCAAAUGGUGAACCAGAGACACCAUUUGAAGAUGGCGACGGGGCGACUAGUCAGACCAACAAGCGAUCAUACAGCGAUGUCCUGAAACAUCCUUCGCGGUCACAGUCGGAGCCCCCGAAGAGCAGAGCGGCAGGACGACAACAACUGGGGAACGCAGUGGCUGUGCCACGACAACAGAAACCAUCGUCGGCCCGUCGACAGUCCGCCACUAGCCGAGACGCCUCAGAUGAGCGACACCAUUAUCCCAGUGGACCUCGAGUGCCAGGACGAAGGCCCACCAACCGCUUCGAAAGCAUCGAUCGCUCCGCUUCUUAUAGGAGAGGAGGUGCGAGACCAAGCCUCCCCUCUAGGCCUCCACCAAAGCCUCCGCUGCCACAGAUAUCAAAAGUGGGUUUUGGCGCCUCAGGAACGCCCGUGCAACGGGGCGCCAGUCAGGGAGGGACGCCAUCAGGGUCUGAGAAACGCGAUGGUGGAGAGCCGUCGAAGGACGUCAAAGGACAGGGCGAGGAUGCAGGGCAACCCGGUGCUAGCGGAGGGCCACUGGGGGGUGCUGGAGGGGGAGGGCGCCGGCCUGGCGACGACGAGCGGGACGACGACAAGCGGAGGAAGGGUAAGGGAUCGUCGAGCGGUGGCGGGGAGAAGAAGAAGGAGGAGCAGGAGAAGAAGGCGAAGAAGGAGAGGGAUCAAAGGGAGGAGGCGAAGAAGGAGAGCAAACCGGUGGACGGUCGCGAGGCGAGGGGAAAAGAGGUGAAACAAGGAGGUGGCGGCUUGAGCAGUGACUCAGGCAAAGGAUCGACUGGUGAAAAGGCGGGGAAGAAGAAGGCGAAAAAAGACAGGGGCAGGCGGGCGAUUGAAGAGACUGUCGGAGACGUUACUGAUGCAGGGGUGACGAGUGAGGCGACGGGUGGGGUUCCGAAAGAAGCAGAACCGCAACAGGACAGUGAUGACAGGGGUGUGCACGGUGGUGGCAGAGGAGGUGAAGGUCCAGGAUCAGCUGGGGUGUCUGAGACUGACGGUGUUGUGCACCCUGAGGGAGGCGAUGAUGGUUCCAGUCCUGAAGGGGUAGAUCAGAGUCAGUGUCAGAAAACAGGCUCGGACAAGGGGGGCAGCAAGCAACAAAUGACGAGCAGCGAGAAACGAAAGAAGAGAGGGGCUAGCGGGCGCCAGUCCAGACAGACGACGACAGGAGCAGGGCAGCAGCCAGGGGGCUUCUCCGAAACAAGAACCGACACGACGGUGGCAUCAGGCACAGAGACAAUGGCAACAGACAGACGCGCAGAAGAUGGUGACUCAAAGGCAGACGACGAUGGGCAGGGCGCCUUGCAGGGCCCGCCAGCUGGGGCAGAGAAGGACGGCGGAGAAGACGCUGAGUCUGAAGAGGCCGGUGGAAAGGAUGCCGCUGGGGCCGGCGAGGCGGACGAUGAGUCCGCCGCAAAGGAGGCACUGCGAACAGGAGCAAGACCCAAAACGUCAUCCGCGAUAAGCAAACGAAAACAGAAGAAGCGGCCACAGAGGACUGAACUGCCGGUGCAGUCUGAGCCUCCAUCAAUAGGCAGUGAAGAGGAGGCAACGACGCAGACACGCGGCAGAGCGCGACAACGCACACUGCGUGAUGCCAGAAGGGGGGGACCCGUGAGUGGCCACGAGGCUUCUAAAGGGAUUGUGGGGUCUACUGACAGCAGGCGAGGGGCCGGGGGACAGAGUUCUGAUCGUGUGUCGGGAAAAGGGUCGAGGCUCCACGGAGAAAAGGCGUCGCAGGUCCCGUCUACGAUUGUCGACGCCACAGCCGCUAGUCUGCACCAGAAGCUGAUGAAAUUGACAUCUGAGUACUGGUCAAUUCGGGAGCAGAUAGAGGAAGACCCUGAGACAAAGCACGUUUUGGAUGUUUUUCGCAUGCGACAUUUGUCGGUCGAGUUGACAGAUGUGAAAUAUUUCUACGCUCUAUCCAGGAGUGUCCUGCUGGAGGUUGAAACCAGCCAUAAAUUGGGCGUCUUGCUGGAGGUGGCGAACGGGUUCCACAAAAUGGAGAUGGAACAGAAGCAAGGGCAGCAUGGUGGAGCUGAGGACAACAGCAGGGCGACUUCAACGGAUGAAGAGUCUCUCCUUUCGCAUGUUGUGACGGAGCUUGUCGCCGCUUCCAACGAGGCCAGUCUCCGGGCAUUCCAGUUACUGGAAGCGGAGAAAUGGUACAGAGGCUAUCACAUAAUACACAAAUGUUUGCCGCCAUUUCCGAAUGUUGUUCUGUCAUCACUGUUUCAAACAGAACACACUCCUAAAUCGGAUGCAAGUGAAAAUGUAGCUGGGGGACAUACAAUUGAUAUAACCAACCCACUGGACGAGGUUAAGAAUCUGCAAGACAGCCUAUAUGAGUGGCAAUCCGCUGCCGAAUCUUCCCUCUCAGGUAUCGAAAAAAAAUGGUGGAUCCCACCACCGGAUGCAGACGAGGCACGGAGACAACAUGCUCGCAACGUAGCACUGUUUGCAGAAGCAGUUGCGUUCAUGUCCUGGACGGCCUACACGCGAGCGCAGGAACGCCUGAAUCUGGUGGAUGCCGCCUUGUCAACGUCAGACCCUGUCACGAAGCAGAAGCUUAACGACGCGAACAAGCUGCUUGAAACCCUCCGUAGGACAGAAUUAAGCAACAGUCGAAUUUGCUUCGAGACCUUUCGCGAUUUAUACUUAGAAACAGGAAGGGCUAAUGCUAAAAAUCCGGGAAAUAGAUGGGAUCCUCUCCCGAGUGGCCAUCACGCACCAGACAUCAGGGCAUCCAUGGCGGCCGCCUCGGCGUCAUCGGGCGAGGAGACCUCUGAAGCUUCAUCACCGGUUCAGUCUGUGCAGCCAGUUGUGUCCGAUGUCACCAAGACGAACGAGGAGCAAGAAGGCGAUGAGUCCACUACUUAGCCGAAGGAAUGCUCCGACAAGUCCUCAAGUCGCUUCGUAAGGUGCUACGUUUUUUUCAGUACACAUUUCGUCGCGAGCGUGUUAGGUUGCUGAUCACGUCCUGUCACUAGAGGAUAUUGUUUGCGAUAAGCCAGCUACACCCUACGCACUUCUGAAGAAUCAUGGCACUUUUGAGGACAGAGCACGCUGAGGUUAUCUCUGCAAGAUCCGUGUUCCUGCCUCGUGGCGAACUCCGACGCUUCCUCACCAAACCGCAGCAUCCCGCGGCGUAUGCCAAUUGGAAAAACGACACAGACGCACACACAAAGUACUUCGCGACACUGAGGCCAACCGUCGUAUCUCGAAUGCCCCGGAUGUGCUAGCGGACCUGGCGUAUCCGUUUCUCCACGCAUGUCCGUUGCCUCAAUCAUUCAAGUCUCUGCGUGGAAGCAAGCUUCUGGUGCGUCGAUAUGGGCGGAUCCUGACGUUGUUCCACCUCCGCCGGAGGCUCCGACAUUCUGGAGUCUGAGUUUCCUCGUGGUCCGCCGGGAGAUGCAGGAUUCAGUCUAAGCAGGGUCCGGGAGGUUAGGGGGCUAGGCGGGGCAAGACGUACCAGUGGCUAGGAUCGUCGUGCAUAUGUAAGCAUAUGUAAGGAGAGUGUGGCGCAGAAGAAAAACAGCAAGGCGACAGCGGAGAGACAGAAGAGGAAUGUGUGAGGAUGCUGGUGCGCGAACGUCGACAAAUACUGGAUGCACAGAAGGAGACGUGAGUGACGACGUGGAGGAUUCACGCACAUGCACCACUGCCAGCUGGCGAGAAUAUGGAGCUUGAAGGUGACUGAGUAUGACCUCUAGAAUGGAACACCGGCGGGCAAAGACCACUUGCGUCGCUAAUGGUGUUGCACGCUUAGCGUACACGUGGGGGCAGGAGGCAAAGGAGCAGUCAAAGUCACUGGCAAAAAAGGCUUGAUAUGGGGCACCAGGUAAAGGCGUGAAUCAGGAUGUACUGCAUGCUGUGCUUCUGAUAACCGUGGAUCUACACGAUCACAAUUCGCGAACCAAGGGCAACAGGAAUAUUUAGUCAGUCCUCCUUGGGUUCUGCGUUUCACACGGUCUGCGUUCUAACGCCACCUGCAUCCAAAUGUUGAGAUCGUUUUUCGGUUGUUCAGAGGAAACAAAUACCAG